AUGCAGACAUAUUUUACGGUGAAUCAGCCUGUUCUCCCGUCCGGUUGGCAGAUGGCCUAUACCGCGACUGGUCAGCCCUACUACAUGGACCAUAACACAAAGACAACACACUGGAACCCCCCAGAGACGGUCGGCUAUCCUUUUGGAGGCUACUACAAUCCCGUGAUAGUAGCUGGUACCGGCCGCGGCGGUCGGGGUCGAGGCGGUCGAGGAGGUAUUGACCAGGGAAAGCGUAAGACGAAGAUGUGCAUGUUUUGGGAGAGCAAGGGGACAUGCAAUUGGGGUGAUCGCUGUGCCUUUGCCCAUGGAAAAGCGGAGCUUCGUUCUACACCAAGCGGCGGAAGUUCACAGCCCCAACAACCUUCACGUGAGGAAGAGACAGCACCUACAGCGUAG